AUGAGUAGAAAGGAGUUUGCCCUGGUGGAUGACAGUAGUGGAGACCUUAAUAGAAAACUAAAAGCUAUAAGGCAAUGUCUUAAGAUGCUGGAAGAGGAUGUUAUAGAAGCAAAUCAGAGAAACAGUGAUUUGUGUUAUACAUCAAAAGGAGGGGGUGUGAAAGCACUGCUUGAUGUGAGGGAUGAAGACACUGAUUUUCUUUGUUCCUCUUCUACAAAAACUAAAACUGGUUUUGAAGUCGGGCUGUGUGGUGACAACUCACAAAGGUUAGCAAGGCACCUCAUUCACAAUACUGAAGGGGAAGAUGCUCAGCAUGUAGUUUCUUCAAAUGGUGCUUCAGCAGCAGACAUAGACAGCAAAACUAUGGAAGAUAUUGAUGAAGCUCUGCGCAUAGGUCUUUGUAAUCUCAGCCACCUACAGGAUGCAGACAAGACGCUGAAAUACUUGAAAUUGAUGGUAAAUCCAGAAGGAGAAGAAGUUGCAGAAACUGCAGAGAGAAUAUUUGAUGAACUUCUUGCUUCUCUCCUCUCAAGGAAAAAGAAAUUGUGUGCAGAAAUAAUGAAGAGCAUCAGCAGCUACAGUGCUGAUAUUGGAAAAGCUAAGGAAGUUGUUGAAGAGAAGAAAAAGUGCUUGGCUGGUGCCAUUAGAAUUGCAAAAGAAUUUAAAGUCACACCUUCUGUAAGAGCCUGCUGUGAUCUCCCACAGGUUAUUUGUCAUUUAAAGUUGCCAGUUGAGGCUGAACUCUCAAGAGUGCGUAGUUUGAAUGAAAAAGUAUUUUCAAGAUUCUUCCUAAACACUGAUGAAAUUAUAUCUUUGUUAGAAAAUUUGGGCAAGAUGGAAUGGGGAGCAAGAGAGCACCUGGAAAAAGUGAAAAAUACUCAAGUUCAUCACCAGAAUACACCUGCUCUACCCAAGUCUCCAUUCAGCCUUGAUAUCAUAGUUGAAGAAAUAUUUGAAGAUGAUCCAGAAAGUUCAUCAGAACUGGUGACUGUAAGUCAUGUUAUAAAUCCAUGCCACUUCUAUGUUCAGAGAUUCUUGGAAAAGAAAAAAGCAGAGAUUUUGGAGAAGAAACUGGAAAACUUCUGUUGUAAUGAGAAUUCUUAUCUCUUGCCUUCAGAUAUUUUGGAACUAGGUGCUGAAACGUUUAUUAAGAAUAAGGAAACUGGAAAGUGGUGCCGUGGAACUGUCACUGAACUAAUUCCCCUAAAAAGUGGGAAUAAGAGGAAGGCUUAUGGCCCUAAAAGAUGCAAAAUUCAUGAUAUUGCACUGCUGGAAGUAUUCCUGGUUGAUUUUGGGAGCUCUGUAGUUCUGACUUCCUCAGGAUACACUCCUACUGCAAUGCCUGAACCUGCUACUACUCUGCAGACCAUUGAAACACACGACAUUUGUUUGUUUGUGAGGAAGCCUGAUCAGCACAUUGAGGCAGAACUUGCAGCUGUUCCUCAUUUAGCACUGCAGUGUUCAUUGAAGGAUAUUGUUCCCAAAAAUGCAAGUGAAGGUUGGGGAGAGGAAGUAAAGACACAAUUUUUAGGAAUGGUAAAGAACAAAGUUGUUUUGAUGAGCAUAUAUGGAGCACAGGACGGUAUUCUCAUUGUGGAUUUGAAAAAGUCUCCAUUUAGUAAGUCAGACAACAUACCAGCAUCUGUCAAGGAUGCACUGGUUUUCUUAGACUUAGCAAGGUUUAGAUCACAUUUAGAAAAUAAUACAAUCUUGCAGUAUAGCCCACCUGAGAUCCCACAAGAAAGUGAAGUUGUCUCUGUCAUAGUUUGUCACGUUAAUAAUCCAAGUGAUUUCUAUGUUCUGUUGGAAGAUAGCCUGGAUUUGUUAGCUCUUUCACAGAAAAUUCAGUAUGUAUAUAGACAUGAGUAUGGGGAUCACAUGGAAAUUUUCUGCCCAGUUGAAGGCCAAGCCUGUAUUGCAAAACGGGAAGAUGGGAAUUGGUACAGAGCACAGAUUACAGGACUGCCAAGUCAUCAAGAAGUUACAGUCAAGUAUGUUGACUUUGGCAACAUUGCUCACUUAACUCUUAAAGACAUACGCAGAAUAAGAAAAGAGUUCUUGAGCCUUCCAGAAAAGGCAAUCAGGUGCAAGCUGGCUUUUAUUGAGCCUUGUGAAGGAACAAAGGAGUGGAACAGAAAAGCCAAGGAAAGAUUUAAAGAAAUCACUGCGGAUAAAACUAUGCUGUGUUCAGUUGUUGAAAUUUUAAGUAAUAACAUCUUAGCUGUUGAACUCUUUGAUUCCUCUGCUGUUUGUGGAAGAAACUUUAGUAUUAACUGUCAGCUAGUUGAAGAAGACCUAGCAUCCUACAUACCUGGGUACACUUCAAGUACUGCUGUACAGUCCAAUGAAACAUGGGAUGUGCCUGUAGAAGAAAUUGCUGAAACCUUGGAAGCUGUGGAUGAAGGAGAUUUGAAAUCACUUCCUAAGAAAGAGAUAGAAGCAAGAAUUAGUCAUGUGGUAUCUCCUAGUAAAAUUUUUAUACAGUGGCUGUCAUCAGAACGUAUAAUGAAGAGUUUGCAGGAGGAGAUGUUCACCGUCUAUAAAGAAUCCGAGCCACAGUCUGUGAAGUGGGAAGACAGCAUGCAUUGUGCUGUUUAUCUGCAGGAUUUGAAGCAGUGGCAAAGAGGUCAGAUAAGCAGGAUUGUCUCUGAAACAAGUGCAGAGGUGGUACUUUAUGAUUCUGGACCCCAACGAACAGUAGAUAUCAGCUGUCUAAGAAAGCUUGAGGAAAGUAUGAAGAUAAUGAAGACAUUAGCAGUAGAAUGCUCCUUGGCAGACAUAAGACCAACAGGUGGAAGCACACAGUGGACAGCAACAGCAUGUGAAUACUUAUCCUAUUACCUAGUGGGGGCGCAAGUGAAAAUAAUCAUACAGGAAAGUGCUGUGGCUUGUGCACUGCCUGUGAAAAUACUUUUCAAAGACAAAACAGGAAAGAUGACUGAUAUUGCAGAACACCUUGUUAAAAAGGGGUUAGCUUUAAGAAACAAAAGAACUGAUAAAGCUGAUGUGACUUGCUCAGUCUCCAAGGAAUAUCUUAAAGUACAUUUAGAGCAAGAGAACGCACAAAUGAAUGGUUGUCAUUCAGAAACUCCACGUGCAAGAGUCAGCACUGCCCCAGAGGAAAGCAUGAUUGUUUCAGAGAGUGAACAGAAAUCAUACCAAACACGUGAGUCACCAUUUCAUUCAGGAAUGGAUGAGAUGUAUACAUCCCCCAUUAUACCUGUGGAGAGAAUUUUUCAAGCUGCAGUAAGUUACGUUGGAUGCGAUGGAACUAUUUACAUAAUACCAAAAGCAUAUGAAAUUAAACUGAAGAAACUGAUGGCAGAUAUACAAAGUAAAUUCAGAAGCCUUGGUCUUCUGAGACCAUACCACUGGAAAAAGGGAGAAGCUUGUGUUGUAAGAGGUUCAGAUACCAUGUGGUAUCGAGGUAAAGUGGUAGAAGUCGGUCAUAGUACCCUCCAGGUACAGUACAUAGACAUUGGUUGCACUGAGAAGAUUCUUCCAUGUCAUCUGUAUCCAACUACAUUGUAUACUGCUAUUCCUCCUUUUUGCAUACCAUGUCAACUCUACAAGACAGUACCAAUUGGAAAUUUCUGGCAGCAGGAUGCAGUAGCUUGCCUUCAAGAACUACUUACAAAAGAAGAGGUUGAAAUACAUGUUCAGGAAUUACCAGAUAACCCAUGGGGUAAGCUGUCCAUCAGCCUGUAUUUUGGUGGAACGUCGCUCUCUUCCUUCAUGGCAUAUCAGAAGUACUGUGUUGCUGAAGAUUGUGAGGACAUAUCAAAGCAGGGGCUACUUGAAGGAGACAUUCCUAGUUUUCCUUCAUACAUCUUGCCACAGCUACCUGUUCCAGGAGACACCUUUCCUGUCAGAGUUACCCAUUUGGUGUCCCCUAAGGAGGUAUACAUUUGCUUUGAACCUUCAAAGAACAUUGGGAAGCAGUCUGACACAGAGGGAGAUGCCAACUGUGAUUCUGAGUUGGAGAGCUUUGAUGAAGCCCUGAAGCGGUGCAAUGAAACUGUGGAGUCUCUUCCUGUACUAACAUGCUUCCAGAAAGAAAUGCCUUGCCUUGUAAAAUACUGGGAUGACUUAUGGUACAGAGCAAAGCUCCUUUCAGUUGAAAAACUGGACCCUGCUCAGAUCCUCAUUCAGUGUGUUGACUAUGGUAAUUUUUCAGUUGUCCCAACAGACAGAUUGCGCCACAUACCUUACUACCUGAUGAAGUAUCCUCUGCAGGCAGUACGAGUGCUGUUAGCUGGAUUUAAACCUGCUUUGUAUGAUGAAAAUAUGAGGAGGAUUCCUUAUUCCCCAGAAUGGAGCAUGGAGGCACUGUGGGCUAUGAUGGAGUGUGUUGAAGGAAAACAGCUCUCUGCUUCCAUACUGGCUCUUUCACCAGAGAUCACAGUUUCUUUGUUUGGAGACGACAAAAGUCUCAUUCAUAUGAAACUGAUAGAAAUGGGACUUGCAGAGUUGGAUGAGUGA